UGCUCCAGGUGAUUCUAAGUGAGGCCACAGUUAAGUAGAAAGGCUUCCUUUUAAUUUCUGAGAAUUGAGAGCAGGCUUCGCCUUAGGAGGGGUAAUGGUCUCCACUACCCGAGUCAGGAGGGUUAGGGCCACAGCACACGGGGCCUAGGCUGUAGCUGAAUCUGUGAGCAUCUGGGGGAGGGGAGGGCCCUGGAAGCAGAGAAGGAAAAAUCAGUUCCUGAUUUCCAACUGGGAGUUCACAGCUUCUCAACAGCUCCACACCCAAAGGACUAGGAAGUUGGGCUUUUUGUGCAUUUCAAAGUCCUGCCUGCAGGGGAGCAGUUUAUAGGUGGAGAGACUUGGCUGCCUUUAAAGGUGUGUUCUCCUGAUGCAGCUGGGACUCCUCCACGGAGAUCUUGUGAGAGAGCUCGCUAGAGGCCGAGGUGGACGGAGCAGAGAUGGCGGGGUCUCAGGGACUGCUGACAUUCAGGGAUGUGGCCAUAGAAUUCUCUCAGGAGGAGUGGGGAUGCCUGAACCACACUCAGCGGGAACUGUACAGGGAUGUGAUGUUAGAGAACUAUGGAAACCUUCUCUUCUUGGGCCUCAUUGUGUCAAAGCCAGACCUGGUCUCCUUUUUGGAGCAAAAGAAGGAGCCUUGGAGUGUGAAGAGAAAGAAGAGAGUAACCAUCCAUCCAGCCAUAUCUUCUCGUGACACCCAGAGCUUGCUGUCAAAGCCAAGCAUCGAAGCUUCUUUCCAAAGAGUGUCAAUGGGUAGAUUAAAAAAUAAUGCCGUUGAGAAUUUACACUUCAUGACAGACUGGGACAAUGAUGGAGAGAGUGAAUGGCAUCAAAGGCAUCAUGAAGGACACAACCAUACUGAGAUAUCUGCGCAUAAUAAGAAUCUCCCUGCCCAAAAUGGUGAAGGAUAUAGAACAUUUUCAGUAACCUCCCUUUUUAAGUCUGCUACUUCCACAAAGCAGUGCGUUUCUGAAAACAAAAGCUCAAAUCAUAUAUUCAAACUUACAUAUUUAGGGAAAGCCGACAGUUUGGAAAAUCUGCGAAGUUACCUAGUCCAUGCUGAAAAUAAUUAUUUGAACCCUUGUGAAAAAAGAAUUGGAUUGACUAUUCAGUCAAAUAUUUCUAAAGAUCAGAGAUUUAAAAAUGAAGAACAAAGUGCUAAACAGGAUCCAUUUGAGAGGUGUUUCACUAAGGAGUCGACCCUACAAAAUUACCAGAGCCUGUUCAAUGGAGACAGAGUUGCUCAGUGCAGUGAAUCUGAGAAAACAUUUAACCAGGGCUCCAAUGUUGGUCGAUGUGUGAGGACUCGGCUUCUAGGGAACCAUCAUGAGGGUAGUAAAUGUGCGGAAGUCUUUUAUCAAAAGUCUAACCUUAGUACACAUAAUAGUAUGAAUACAGGAGAGAAUCCUAAAAAUGAAUGUGAGAAUGAUCUUAACCAGUCCUCCAAUGUUGAUGAUCAACAGAGAAUUCAUGUGGGAAGAAACCCAUUCAGGUGUAAUCAACCUGGGAACAUGUUUUGUCAAGGACCAAGGCUAAGUAUACAUAACACAGUCCAUAGUGGAGAGAAAAGUGACAUUUGUAAGGAAUGUGGCAAAGAUUUUGACUUGGACUCAGUACUACCUCAACGUCACGGAAUGCGUACUGGAAAGGAACCAUACAAAUGUGAAGAAUGUGGUAAAACAUUUAAGGUCUGCUCAUCCCUAAAUAUACAUAGGCGAAUCCAUACUGGAGAGAAACCUUACAAAUGUGAAGAAUGUGGCAAGGCCUUUAUUCAGCGCUCAAACCUUAUUAUUCAUCACAGAAUUCAUACUGGAGAGAAACCUUACAAAUGUAAAGAAUGUGGAAAGGCUUUUAAGACUCAUUCAGGUCUUACUCAACAUCACAGAGUUCAUACUGCAGAGAAACCUUAUAAAUGUAAAGAAUGUGGCAAGGCUUUUAAACAUAACUCAAGCCUUACUCAGCAUCACAGAAUUCAUACUGGAGAGAAACCUUACAAAUGUAAAGAAUGUGGCAAAGCCUUUAAGCAGCCUUCACACCUCUCUAAACAUCACAGAAUUCAUAUUACAGGAGAACGUUACAAAUGUGAAGAAUGUGGCAGGGCCUUUACACAGCACUCACGCCUUACUCAACAUCACAGCAUUCAUACUGAUGAGAAACCUCACAAAUGUAAGGAAUGUGGCAAGGCCUUUCAUAAGCAUUCAUAUCUUACUCAACAUCACAGAAUUCAUACUGGUGAGAAACCUCACAAAUGUAAGGAAUGUGGCAAGGCCUUUCAUAAGCAUUCACAUCUUACUCAACAUCACAGAAUUCACACUGGAGAGAAACCUUACAAAUGUAAAGAAUGUGGCAAGGCCUUUAACCAACAUUCAAGCCUUUCUAGCCAUCACAGAAUUCAUACUGAAGAGAAACCUUACAAAUGUAAAGAAUGUGGCAAGGCUUUUAAACAUGUCUCUACCCUUACUCACCAUUACAGAAUUCAUACUGGAGAGAAACCUCACAAAUGUAAGGAAUGUGGCAAGGCCUUUCAUAAGCAUUCAUAUCUUACUGAACAUCACAGAAUUCACACUGGAGAGAAACCUUACAAAUGUAAAGAAUGUGGCAAGGCCUUUAACCAGCACUCACACCUUAUUAGUCAUCAUAGAAUUCACACUGGAGAGAAACCUUACAAAUGUGAAGAAUGUGGCAAGGCCUUUAUCCAGCAGUCACACCUUAAUACUCAUCAUAGAAUUCAUACUAGAGAGAAACUUUAACAAUGUAAAGAAUGUGGUGAGGCCUUUAAUCGCCUUUCAACCUUUACUCAUUAUCAAAGAAGUCAUACUAGAGCAAAGCUUCAAAGUUUUAGGAUUGUGAGAAAAAAAAAUUUUUAAGUUCUUUUAAGCAACAAGAAACUAGACUUGAACGGAAAAUGAUCAAGAUUCUUUUCUUUUACAGUAAUUUAUCCCUUCUUUAAGACAGAUUGCCCUACAUCUAAAACUGUAUACAACAAAAUUAUAUAAGUAUUCCUUGAUUUUACAAUGAUAUGUGAAAAACUUAAAAAUUAUCCAAUCUAACAAGGUAUGCAAUGUUCUUUUAUAGUUGUUGUCAAACUGUAAGAGCAAAGUAACUCAUGGAAUGUAAAGGUAAGAGCUGAAUAAUCGCAGCAUUAAUGGAAAAGAGUACUUUCCC